AUGGCUGAAUCAGCUCCGACUAUUCAGCGCCAACGUCAACGCAAGUUUCAUCGCAGGUCGAGAAACGGUUGUACCACAUGCAAGGCGAAGCACAUCCGGUGCGAUGAGAGAAGACCGCUCUGCACGUACUGUCUUCGACAUGGUGGAGAAUGUGGCUACCCGGACGGGGAUGCUGGGUUUGGUACUCCAAAAGCCGGGCGUGGGUCUGAAUCCAGGGCUGGAUCUAGAGAGCCUCACAAAUCUGCCGAAUCUUGCUUCCCCUUGAUAGACACUCCUCUAAAAGACCCAUUCCUGGGGACCUCACACGAUAUGCCCCACAAGUCACGGUCGUUAUUCCAACUCUUCGCAAAUACAAGGGUACUGCACACAACGCGGGUUGAAAGAAGUGCGAACUCGUUCAUUGUUCACAAAGCCUUGUCGCAUCCCGGGUUCCUCCAUGCUGCGUUGCUAAUGACGGUCCUGCAUUGGGUAUGGUGCACUGGCGAUGUUGAGCACUUCCGAGUCCCUUACCUCUAUCACAAGCUGCAAGCUAUACGAUUCGUCACGGAUCAGCUGAGGAAUCCAGACGCUGCUAUCCACGAUGGCACAAUUGCAGCCGUGUCGAGCCUCGCCCUCGUCGAGAAUGCCUUGGAGUCUGUCGAUGCCGUGUCGUUCCAUUUACGCGGGCUCGCGAAAAUUAAAGAAUUACAAGGCGAACAUAGAUGCCCUAGGAAGAUGGGCUUGCUUCAGCGAAUGAUCUUGAUGGCAGCUAGAAGCGUUUCCAGCCGCCCCGUGUGGGAUAUCCUCGACAUUAGUCGAACAGACCUAGUUCACCAGUCCAUGAUAAUAUCACUGAUCCGAGUUGCACUCCGGCCAAUCUAUAGUCUGAAAAUGCUAGGCAGCUCAUACGAUUCGGAGGAGCCGCUCUCUGAAAUCCUGGCAAGGAAAGCACCCAGCUCCGGAGUAAGCGACAGUAACGUCCUAUCGCCUCUCAAAUCGGUCGAUAGCAGUAGAUCUGGUUUCAUAGCGUGCUACUUCUAUCUCUACGUGAUCAUGCGCGAAGGCACGGUUGAUUCAUUCAUACUUAAUUGGUUCAUCGAGCAGUUACUUGCGGAUGUCUGUCGCACCGAGAUGCUUAUGCAGACGGGCCAAUACAGCCAGUCGCUCUGGUUUUGGUCUGUGAUGUUUGGCGCGUGCGUGACAAUGGCCGCCAAGACCAGUGACAGUCUUGAGAGGAAACAGAUGAACUUGUUCCGGGACGUGUAUCUGGACAAAAUCCACCUCGGGAGCCGCGUGCUAGAUAUUAAGAAUUGGGAAACCGCCAAGUCGACAUUAAGGCUCUUCGCCUGGGAGGACGACUUUGAUGGUGAGAUAGAACUCAAGGCAAUAUGGGAAGAAGCAGUCUGGAAAAGUGGAAAGAUACCUCGCAAAUGGGAUAACGAGGAAAACGCCGAAUACCUAGAUGUCAAAAAUAAUUGCUGGUGA